AUGUCCCAGGAAGAGCCCGAGCCGGAAGCAGCCACCGCUUUGCGCACGGCGGACGAAGGGAGCGCAGCCCAGAGAACCAGCGAUCACUACCAAGUGAGCGAGGACUUACCUGCCCGGUUCAACAACCCGGGAUGGUUUCGAGGUUACAGAGUGAAAGAGCGCAAUCCAUUGUUCAGGACAACCAACAUGGAUUACGGAGGAAAACCACCAACGGUGCAUGAGAUGCCGACCAGCUUCCAUGUCAGUCCACACAACUUCUCUGAUCGUUUCAUCAAGUUCGGCAUGUACAGGAACCAUGGAAUCAACACCACCCUGGAAAAAAGCUAUGUGACUGGCCCUGACAACUUCAUCACUUUCUUGGACACCCUCAACUUCCACCCCAGUUACCGAACUGGAGGACCCGGUUUUUGCGAGUAA